AUGGAUGAAGAAGAUGCAGAAAAAACUGCUUUCACCACCCCAUGGGGUACGUAUUGUUAUAGAGUCAUGCCAUUCGGUCUGAAGAAUGCGGGAGCAACUUACAUGAGAGCUAUAACUACCAUAUUCCAUGACAUGAUGCAUAAAGAAGUUGAGUUAGUCGAAGAGGCAUUGAAUUGGAACCCCUCUAAGAUAAAGUCCAUUCGAGAAUUGCCACCUCCAAAAACCAAAACUGAAGUCAUGAGUUUUCUGGGAAGGUUAAAUUAUAUCAGCAGGUUCAUUGGUCAACUCACCGCCACAUGUGAGCCAAUAUUCAAGUUGUUGAAAAAGGACACUGCUAUCAAAUGGACAAGUGAGUGUCAGGAAGCUUUUGACAAAAUUAAGGAAUAUUUAGCAAACCCUCCGGUAUUGGUCCUACCAGAACCUGAUAGGCCGUUAUUCUUUUAUCUUUCAGUGAUGGAUAAUUCAUUUGGUUGCGUUUUAGGACAACAUGACAUUACGGGAAAAAAGGAACAAGCCAUUUAUUAUUUGAGCAAAAAGUUCACAAGCUAUGAGGCAAAGUACACUCUGUUAGAAAAGACUUGUUGUGCUUUGACUUGGGUUGCCCAAAAAUUGAAACACUAUCUUUUGUCCUACAUGACCUACCUUAUAUCUCGAAUGGAUCCUUUGAAAUAUAUUUUUCAAAAAUCCAUGCCAACAGGUAGGUUGGCAAAAUGGCAGAUUUUGCUUACGGAAUUUGAUAUUAUUUAUGUCACUCACACCGCCAUGAAAGCACAAGCGUUGGCCGAUCAUUUGGCAGAGAAUCCGGUCGAUGACAAAUACGAGCCCCUAAGGACAUACUUCCCUGAUGAAGAAAUCAACUCUAUUGAGGAAGAAAUUCCUAAUGAUGGUCACGUGUGGAAAUUAUAUUUUGAUGGGGCUGUCAACAAAAAUGGAGUAGGAAUUGGGGCAGUUCUUAUCUCACCAAACGAAUGUCAUUAUCUUGCCACAACACGACUUCGAUUCUUUUCUACCAAUAACACAACAGAAUACGAAGCUUACAUCAUGGGUUUGAAUAUGGCAAUAAAUCUGGAUGUGCAGGAGUUGGUGGUUUUAGGGGAUUCCGAUUUGCUCAUUCGACAAGCUCGAGGCGAAUGGGAGACUCGAGACAUUAAACUCAUGCCGUACAAACAAUGUUUAGAAAACCUCAUCAAAAGAUUCAAGUCCAUUGAAUUCAGGUACAUUCCCAGGUUUCACAAUGAGUUAGCUGAUGCUUUGGCCACCCUAGCCUCGAUGCUUCCAUACCCGGGUAAUACCUAUAUUGACCCGUUGGAAAUCCAAGUUAGGGAUCAACAUGGUUAUUGCAAUAUAAUUGAAGUAGAGCCAGACGAAGCAGAAACAAUUAUGAAUGAGGUGCAUUCAGGGGUUUGUGGCCCUCACAUGAAUGGUAAUGUUCUAGCAAAAAAGAUUAUCCGGGCAGGGUGCCAUCAGUGCCAAAUUCAUAGCGACUUGAUUCACUCACCCCCUUUAGAGUUGCACCCUAUGUCUGCUCCGUGGCCUUUUGUGGCUUGGCGAAUGGACGUUAUUGGGCCGAUUGAGCCAAAAGCAUCUAAUGGGCAUCGGUUUAUUUUAGCUGCUAUCGACUACUUUACCAAAUGGGUGGAAGCUGUCACAUUCAAAUCAGUCACCAAGAAAGCAGUGGUGGACUUUGUUCAUUCAAACAUCAUAUGUCGUUUUGGCAUACCAAAAAUCAUUAUUACAGACAAUGCAGCGAAUCUCAACAGCCACCUGAUGAAGGAAGUUUGUGAGCAAUUUAAAAUUGUUCAUCGUCAUUCAACCCCUUAUCGACCCAAAGCAAAUGGGGUUGUUGAAGCGGCAAAUAAAAACAUCAAGAAGAUUCUUAGGAGAAUGGUGCAAGGAUCUAGGCAGUGGUAUGAAAAACUACUAUUUGCUCUCUUGGGAUACCGCACGACUAUUCGUACGUCAGUCGGUGCAACUCCUUACUUAUUGGUUUACGGAAUUGAGGCUGUCAUACCCGCAGAAGUUGAAAUCCCUUCUCUUCGAAUCAUUGUCGAAGCAGAAAUUGAGGACACGGAAUGGAGGAUGGCUCGAGCUUAUAACAAGAAGGUACGCCCAAGAAAUUUUGAAGUCGGUCAACUUGUUGUGAAACGCAUUCUUCCCCAUCAAGACGAGGCCAAAGGAAAGUUUGCCCCAAAUUGGCAAGGCCCUUAUGUUAUUAAACAAGUGUUAUCAAAAGGAGCUUUGCAACUGGCAAAUAUGGAGGGAAAGGCGAUCGACACAAUUAUUAACGCAGAUUCGAUCAAAAGCUACUACGCCUAA